UAUGUUGGAUGACAUUACUAGUUCAAAGAGUUGUUUGGAACAAGAUCUUGGACCUGAUAAUCAAUCACAUUUCUUAGAAAAGUAUUUUUAUGACUUAAUAACUGAUAAUUGUGAUCAAAUAUUAACAAACACCUUAUAUAGAUCCUUAAUUGAACAAAUUUCAGAUAAGAAAUAAUUGGAAACUAUCUUGACUAGAUAUAUCUAGGAUUAGAUUGAGUUGCAACAACGAUAAAAGAUUCAUUCCAAAUACUUUUUUGCUAAAUCAGCAGUUCCUUUCAAAAAGUUAAUACAACAGUUCAGACAAUUAAUGAUUCCAGAUGAAAAUAUAAGUCAUACAAGUAGUACAUUAAGUUAAUCCUCUGAAAAAAAAAAUAAAAGUGGAUUUUUCCAGACUUCUGAGUUUAUAGAAUUGUAUGAAAAUUAAUCCUUUUAAGAAAUGGCUGAACUAAACAAAGGAGAGCUUAUAUACAUUGAUGUUAAGUUUCGUAUUACAAAUUCAUAACUAAAAGACGAACUUUACAAAAUACGAUCUCAUAUCUUGAAAUAAUUACUUUAUUAAACUAAUACUGAUGAAAAGUACAUAUAUAAAAUAUUCAUAGUUUCUUUUAAACUUUUAAUGAUUAUUAUCGAUUGAAAACAAUUACAGUUCUACUUUUUGUUAAUGGGGACAUUAAUUUUGAUUAUGAAAAGUAUUUUGACUUCAAGGAAUUGCAAGUUGGAUAGAAGAAAUUCUUGAUCAAACUUAAAGUAAAUUCUUUAUUAAUUAUAAAGGUUUGUUAUGUCUCAGCAAAUAGACUAUACUCAAAUUUUUGUAUUUCAAACAACAUUAUCAGUCAUACGAUUACAUAAUAGAAUAUGGCAUUUUAUGAAUUGAAGAGGUAUGGUUAGUGCAAAGUGAUAAUAAAUAAAACGAUUGGAGAAUUAAGAAGAAUGAAAUAGAAAGCAAAUUACAGCAUUUUUAAAGAUUAUAAAUUUUACAUGUUAGCAAUAGGAAGUAUGGCAGCUGUCACAUUAUUGUGGAAUGCUUUUUCUAAAAAAGGGAAUUACGAUAGGGAAUUAAUUAGAAAAUAAUGA